CAGAGAGAGAAAGGGGGAGAGGAAGGAAGAGCCAGAGCCAGAGCCAAUUGGAGAAGCUGCUACAGAGAGGGAGAGAGAGAGCGAGAGAGCGAGCGAGUAGGCGGUGUUUUCCCACCAAUUAGAGCUUUUUCUGGGACCUUGAAAUCCUUGUUGCCUCAAAAACUCAGGUGGGGUCGUCUUUGUUGUUCAGGGCCUACACACACACACUCUCUCUGUCUCUCUCUCUCUCUCCCCCACUUGCUGGACUUUCUAUCUUUGCCUUCCUGCUUUUCCAAACUCCACAACCCUUCCCUUGUGACCCCUUUUCCAAUUUAAUGUUCAUUAUUCUCAAUCUCGCCACACAGAUCGAUUUCUCCUCUCUUUACUCGAUCCCGUAGAUCCAUUUCCAUUUCACCUUUCUACUAAUUCGUCGUCCUCGUCUUCCUUGUGCUAUUAAUUUGCCUAACCUACGGAGGCAGCAGGGCAACCGUCGUCGUUGUUGUAAUAUAUAUAGUAAGUUUGAACAUGGUUGUGUUCUUUCUUUCUUUCAAUUUUGCGUCUUGUGUGAUCUUCAAGAUUGGGUAUUUGUAGCGCCUUUUUCUUUGAAUAUUUGGCAUCUGGGUACUGUUGUAUAUGAGCAACUUUUCACUGGGUAUUGCUUCAAAUAGUUGUGGUUGAUUCUGGGAUUCGAUAAGUUGUGUUGGGAGUGUUUUGUGGGGGUGGAGGGGCUGUUGACCGAAAGAUCCUUUUUCGGGUGGCGUCAACUUGGCACUUGGCGUUGCUUUAAAUUUGUGAUUGAGAUUUCAUGCUUGGCCCGAGACAAUGGAGAGGUUUAUGGCCAGAUUUUUUCUGCUUUAGCAUUGCCUACUUUAGGUUAGAGAAAAGAGUAUGAAGAACCUUUUGAAGAAACUCCAUAUAGUGUCCAAUCAAUCUGAAGAUUCAGAAGGGUCUACUUCAUCACAGCACCAUAAGUUGAUUGAUGGGUCAUCUCCUGAGAGGUUUUCACACUCUCGCUCUCAUCAUGGUUCUGAGCAUAAACCCUUUUCAGCUCUCUCUGGAUGGUUGAAUUCAGUUACAAAUAGAAAGAGCCCUAGUCCUCCAUCUUCUUCAAAUAUUACUGGGGCGGAGAGAAUGGAACCGUCUGACUCGGUUAGCAGCAGCGGACUAGAUGCUGCUUUGGAAGCCACAAGGCGCGAUUCAGGCUCUACCAACUCUAGGGAUCCUGAUAUCGAGGAGGAGUAUCAAAUACAAUUGGCUCUGGAGUUGAGUGCAAGGGAGGACCCCGAAGCAGUUCAGAUUGAAGCUGUUAAGCAGAUUAGUUUGGGUUCCUGUCCUCCUGAGAAUACACCGGCAGAAGUUGUUGCAUACCGGUACUGGAAUUACAAUGCUCUUGGUUACGAUGACAAGAUCUUGGAUGGUUUUUAUGAUGUAUAUGGUAUUCUGAUGGAGUCCACUUCAUCAAGGAUGCCAUCCCUUGUUGAUCUGCAAGGAGCAAUAGUAUCGGAUGACGUCAGCUGGGAAGCAAUUCUGGUCAAUAGGGCUGCUGAUGCUAACCUAUUAAAACUUGAAAAGAAAGCACUGGCGAUAGCUGUCAGAUCAAGGUCAGAAUCGCGAAAUAUUGUAAGCAGUGAUGUGGUGAGAAAGCUUGCUGCUUUGGUUUCUGAGUACAUGGGUGGACCUGUGGGGGAUCCAGAAAACAUAUCAAGAGCGUGGAAAAGCCUAAGCUACAGUUUGAAGGCAACACUUGGGAGCAUGGUUCUGCCUCUUGGUUCUUUAACAACUGGAUUGGCACGUCAUCGUGCAUUGUUGUUCAAGGUCUUGGCUGAUGCUGUGGGCAUUCCUUGCCGUUUAGUUAAAGGACAGCAAUAUACUGGUUCUGAUGAUGCAGCAAUGAAUUUUGUAAAGAUAAACGAUGGAAGGGAGUACAUUGUUGACCUAAUGGCGGACCCUGGCACACUAAUUCCAUCUGAUGCAACAGGAUCACAUAUUGAAUAUGAUGAAUCUUUCUUUUUGACAAGUCCUUUUUCUAGGGAUAUUGACUCUCCUAAUGUGGCUUCCUCUAGUAGUAGGGUUGCCAGUACAUUUGAAGAACAUUCAGACUCUGGGACAUUGGAGAAAGUAUCCAGGUCUAGAAAUUUUGUUAUUGGAACAAAUGAAUCUGAUGACAGAAUUGAGUACCUUCCUUCUGAAAAUUUAACUGGACCUGUUGAAGGUCAGGAAGGAUCAAAGGGGCCAGAUGAUUUGAGAAAACGAUACAAUUUAAGGAAGGAGCUUGCUCAAGAAAUUCCCAGCCGAUCUAAUUAUCCUUAUGCUCAUUCAAGAUCUCCAUCCUGGACUGAAGGUGUUAGCUCCCCAGCUGUACGGAGAAUGAAGGUGAAAGAUGUCUCCCAGUACAUGAUUGAUGCUGCAAAAGAAAAUCCACAGUUAGCUCAGAAACUUCAUGAUGUGUUACUUGAAAGUGGUGUUGUUGCUCCUCCAAACUUGUUUACUGAAAUUUAUUCAGAGCAGUUAGACAUUCCAAUGGUUGAGGCCAAGUCCCCAACUGAAGACAAGGAGGACAACACAAAAAGGUAUGAUGCCCAAAAAUCUAAAUUUCAUGAUGAUCCUAAUCGACCUCGAUGUUUGCCACCUCUGCCUUAUCAUGCCAUGCAUCCUAAAGGCAGUCCUUGUGGUCAACUGGAGCAUCAACGAGAUUUCAGAGAAGUAACUGAACCUCCUGUUUCAUCACUAUGUGAAGUAAGUCCACCAAAAUAUGCAAAGAAGGUUCCUGUGGCUGCAGCAGCAGCAGCAGCCGCAGCAGUUGUUGCAUCUUCAAUGGUAGUUGCUGCAGCCAAGACAAGUGCUGAUUCAGGCACUGAACUUCCUGUGGCAGCUGCUGCCACAGCUACUGCUGCAGCUGUGGUGGCAACAACUGCAGCUGUCAGCAAGCAGUGUGAAAAUUUGGAGGCUCGUGUUCAUUUGCCAACUGGAGCAGCUGUCUUCAAGAAUCCAAUUGAUGGCACAAGAUUUCGAGGUGAUGCGGAUGCUGCAGUUAAUGAGCCACAUGGUAGUGGUGACCAGGAGCAUGAUUCUACAGGGAGAAAUCCUGAGGGUGAGAGAACAUCAGAUAAGUCAACAGGUAAUGAUAGUACAAAAUCUGAUGUGACAAUUGAUGAUGUAGCAGACUGUGAGAUCCUAUGGGAGGAUAUCAGCUUGGGUGAGCGUAUUGGACUUGGGUCAUAUGGAGAGGUAUAUCGUGGAGAUUGGCGUGGAACUGAGGUUGCUGUCAAGAAAUUCCUUGAUCAAGAUAUAACUGGUGAAUCCCUUGAAGAAUUUAAAAGUGAGGUCCGGAUCAUGAAAAGGAUCAGACACCCUAAUGUUGUUCUUUUCAUGGGGGCUAUUACUCGUGCUCCAAAUCUCUCAAUUGUUACCGAGUUUCUUCCUAGAGGUAGUCUGUAUAGGCUGAUUCACCGGCCUAACAAUCAAUUAGAUGAGCGGAGGCGUCUGAGGAUGGCACUUGAUGCUGCCCGGGGAAUGAAUUAUUUGCACAGCUGCACACCAGUGAUAGUUCAUCGAGAUCUCAAAUCUCCAAAUCUUCUUGUUGAUAAGAAUUGGGUUGUGAAGGUUUGUGAUUUUGGGUUAUCUCGAAUGAAACACAGCACCUUUCUUUCUUCAAGGUCUACUGCAGGGACGGCGGAGUGGAUGGCACCAGAAGUUCUGAGGAAUGAACCUUCGGAUGAAAAGUGUGAUGUUUUUAGCUAUGGGGUCAUAUUAUGGGAGCUCUGUACGUUGCAGCAACCAUGGGGAGGAAUGAAUCCCAUGCAAGUUGUUGGUGCAGUUGGUUUUCAGCAUCGGCGUCUUGACAUUCCAGAUAAUAUUGAUCCUGCUAUUGCGGAUAUUAUUAGAAAAUGCUGGCAAACAGAUCCAAGACUGCGGCCUUCAUUUUCUGAGAUAAUGGCAGCUCUGAAGCCACUUCAAAGACCUCUAGCCACUUCUCAAGUGCCCAGGCCGAGUGUGCCGAUAAGCAUUGGCCAGAGGGGGCAACCAUCGCGCACCUUAGAAGAUCCAACAAGCCAAACUAGACUACGUUGAGCCAGCCAAGGUGCUGCUUUUGGAGUGCCUAACAAUGGAGGCAGGUCCUGGAUUGCUCGGGACAUAUGUAAGAGGAGAUCGGUUAAAGAUCCUGACCAAUAUAUACUCAAGAUUUGAGAUGACUGUGAUUCUUUUUGCCAUGUUCCCUUUGCGCUGUUUGGUUUGGUCAUGAAGCCACCCACAAAAUUGUGUAUUUGUUUGUAAAAAUCAUUUGAAUUGGCUGUAAUUAAGGUUUGAAUUUUUAGGGUUUUCUGUAGGUUGUGUUAGCCUUUUAGGUGAUGGCAUUAGUUAUGGAAGUGAAUAAUAACUGGCUGUAAAGCUUAAUAGAAGGGAUUUAACAAUUUGAUUUGCAAGCAAA